UCAAAGCCCAAAGUCACCAUGGGUGUGCAGAACAAUAAGAAUGGCACCUGCCUGACCAAUCUGACAUGCUCCAUGGAACAGGGAGGAGAGGAUGUGACUUACCGCUGGAAAGCCCUGGGGCAAGAAGCCAAUGAGUCCCAUGAUGGCUCCAUCCUCCCCAUCUCCUGGAGUCUAGGGGAAAGGGACAUGAUCUUCAUCUGCGUGGCCCGGAACCCCAUCAGCAGCAACUCCUCAAGCCCCAUCCUUGCCAGGGAACUCUGCAAAGGUGCUCCCAGUGACCCAGAUUCCUUCAUAGUCUUCCUGUAUCUCCUGUUGAUGUCCAUCCCACUCAGCCUCCUUGUACUGGUGCUAGUUCUUUUGAGUCUGCAGAGAAAGAGAAAAAAAGAGAGACUCACUAAUGUGGCCCUUCUGUUGACACAGGCCUUACAUCAUUCAGUGCUCCCCUAA